AUGGAGGAGGAUGACACAAACUUUUUGCGGUACUUUGAAGAGUAUGAAGUUUAUGGUAAGGAAAAGAAGAAAAGAGUGGGGCCUCCAACAUUGUUGGAUUGGGAUAAUACAAAGGAGAUAGACGCAAUAAUGAAUGUUGAUGAUGUUGUUAUGUGCAAAAUAGCAACAAUGAUGAUGAGAAAGUUUGAUAAAUAUUGGGGGAAUGUUAAUAACAUCAGCAAGUUAUUCUUUGUGGCGGGUGAAGGAUCAUUGGUUUUGAACAAUGAUGUUACUAAACCAUCAAGGUUACAAAAGUUCUUGAAGUCAAGGAAAGAUAAGGAUGUUGUUGAGAUAAGAAAUGAGAUUGAUAAAUACUUAUUGGAACCUCCCGUGAAUCUUACCAAUGAUGAGUUCAAAUUGCUUGAUUGGUGGAAGGAGAAUGCUACAAAAUUUUCAAUACUUACCAAUGUUGCAAAAGAUGUAUUUGCUGUCCAAGGAUCAACUGUGGCUUCUGAAUGUUCUUUUAGCACAGGAAAGAGAGUUGUAAAUCCCUUUAGGAGUUCGUUAACUCCAAAAACCAUGGAGGCAUUGAUUUGUUGUAGUGAUUAG